AUGGCUCAAGCACACAGAUCUGGGUUAGAGAAAUGGGUCUUUGAUGAACAUCCUAGGAGGCCGGUGAAUAAGGAAAUUUUCAUGGAUCUUGAGUUGAGAGUCUCGGAUUUAAUCUCUGAAGAAGGAAAAUGGAUGGAGAACAAAGUUCAUGAAUUAUUUCCUCCAAAUAAUGCAGCUAAAAUUUGGGAUAUGUCGAUUGGAAGAGUUCCUGAUAAACAUAUAUGGGCUUACACUUAUGAUGGUGCAUUUUCGGUUAAAAGCGGUUACUGGUUGCUUGCUAAUCAUCCACGUCUACCUCAACCUCCAGUGUCGCUAGUCUUAUCGGGUGCAGUGGCUGUAGCUGAUCGGUACCUAUGGAUACAAGGUGCAGCCAGGGCUGUUUGGGAUCUUUCGCGUCUUCAUCUCCCUUCGAAUGGCUUCUCGAAUUCCCUUGAGGUGAAUAUGUCAGCCGUGCUUGAUUGGUUAGAUGACCAAAACAUAAUUGAGGAGAUCAGAAUAAUGAUUCCUUGGAUACUAUGGUGGAUAUGGAAGAACAGAAAUGCCAUCAUUUUCUCAGGUAAUCAAGAUUCGAGUGCUAGAAUCAUCCAAGUGGCUAAUGAUGAAGCAAAAGCUUGGAAAGAGGCUAAUAACUUAAUCGACACUGAAGAUGCUUUGGAGAGGAAUUCUAGUGUUCUGUCGGGUAAAUGGCAACCUCCUCCGAGUGGAAAGCUUAAAGAUGCUUUCACCAAAGCCCCCAAUAGAAAUAUAGCGGAGCUCAAAGGUGUAAUUUGGGCGAUCAAAAGCCUUCGUGAUUUGAGAUUGGAGAAUGUGGUGCUAGCAUUGGACUGUAGAAAGGCUUUUACAGCUAUCAUGAAUCCUGCCAAUUGGCCAAGAUAUCGUAUGCUCACAGAUCAAAUUUACAGGUUGCAGCAGGGAUGUGGCAUUGCAGGUUUUGAACUAGAAACAGCACAAGCGGACCAGGCUGUACAAGCAAUCGCCAAAAGCGUAACUAGAGAUGGAAGAUUACAAUCUGUCCAUUGGUGGUCCGGCUUGGUUGCACGAAAGAUUGCAACAUGA